AUGGCGUUCUCUUCGACACCCGAGUCUGCCAAGUCGAUGAAGGUGCUCAUUAACGACUACCCGCAUCGCACUAUCGCAAUCGCCACAGACACCCAUGCACUUAUCUUCAGGCACACGCACGAUGGCAAUCGGAAUCCCAGCGCAACAAGUCUGUCGCUCAAUUCUACAACCUCUGGCAGGUCGCCUCCGAGAUGCAUGGCCGAGUUCGGCGAGCUUUCCAACUUCGACCUUACUGAGCACCGAAACGUUGCUGCUGCUCGAGGCACGCUGGGUGUGAUCACGCUGAACAACGAUGUCUUCUUGUGUGUGGUAACAGGAUCUGUCGAGGUUGCUUCACUCCGGCCGGGUGAAACAAUACAGCGGAUCUACGGUGUCGAGUUCUUCUGCCUCAACAGAAGUGACUACGAUCAUAGCCACGGCGGACAUGUUCCAAACCCACUCCCUGGCCGCGAAUUCGAUUCCGGUGAGUUCGACUAUGGCAGUGGUGCCGACAACGGCGAGACAUUCGCCGAGCAUCCCUUCCAUGCGCUUCAGAAGCUUCUUAGCGGAGGCAACUUCUACUACAGUGUUGACUUUGACCUCACGAGACGAUUGCAGGAUCGUGCCAACGAUGCUAGCCUCGACAUUGCUACACUAGACGACUCGUUGCUUUGGAAUUCGUAUAUGAUCAACCCAUUACUGGAGUUCAGGAACCGUCUAACACAUCAUGAAAGAGAAAAGCUCGACGGAUCACGAAUUCUCACAUCUGUCAUUCGAGGAUUCGCAAGGACACUGACUGUGCCGCCUUCCUCAACACCGAUUCGUCGCAAGCUGUCAAACAUGCCUGCUUCCAUUACAGUCAUAUCCCGGCUGUCAUCAAGAAGAGCUGGUACACGAUUCAACUCUCGUGGUAUCGAUGACAACGGCAAUGUCGCCAACUUCGUCGAGACAGAGACUAUCUUCUGGUCACCCACCGGCUUAUGCUUCUCAUACGUACAAGUCCGUGGUUCUGUGCCACUCUUCUGGGAGUCCUCUUCGACUUUAAUCCCUGGGCAGCAAAAGAUUCAGAUCACACGCUCACCGGAAGCAACACAGCCAAGCUUCGACAAGCACUUCUCCGGCCUCGAGGCAAACUACGGCGCCAUCCACAUCGUGAACCUGCUUAGCAACUCCAAGGCAGGCGAAGCAGACCUCACAGCUCGGUAUCGGGAGCACGUCAAGCGAAGUCCACUCCGGAGACACGACCCAAAUGAGGAAGAAGAUCAUGAUAUGCUCCGGGUUACCGAGUUCGACUUCCACGAGUACGCAAAAGGAGCCGCUGGAUAUGAUGUAGCGCGUGCGCUGCGUCCCUUCAUCGAUCUCAGCGCCGAAUCAUUCGUCUACUUUUUGUCUGAAGAUAUCGAAGAAUGGACAACGAGCAACGGAAAGCCGAAGAAGUUUGCACGCUCGGCCGUCAUAAUGCAGCAGAAUGGUGUCUUUCGUGUCAACUGCCUCGACUGCCUCGAUCGGACCAACCUCGUGCAAGGAAUGCUGUCGAAGCUGUCACUUGAGCUUUUUCUCUCUCAUCGCGCUGAGAAGGCGAACGGUGACUUCUGGAUGCGCCAUGAUACGCUUUGGGCAGACAAUGGAGAUGCACUGAGCAAGAUCUAUGCAGGUACCGGUGCCCUCAAGAGCAGCUUCACGAGACAUGGCAAGAUGAGCCUCGGUGGCGCGCUGGCAGACGUGAGGAAGUCAGCUACUCGCUUAUAUGUCAAUCACUUCGAAGACAAAGGCCGGCAGAACACUGUUGACCUCUUGCUCGGACGUCUUGUCGGCCAGUCCUCAGUAGACCUGUUCGACCCCGUCAACGACUGGGUCGUGCAUGAACUCGGCAAGCGACGGAUCGAGUUCGAGUCGUGCUCGGCUGUCAAGGUCUUUGUUGGCACCUUCAACCUCAACGGCAAGACCGGUGGCACUAGGGAAGAUCUAUCAGCUUGGCUCAGAUCCGCACCCGGCUUCGAUCUCGUUGUCGUGGGCUUCCAGGAGAUCGUCGACUUGUCGCCACAACAAAUCAUGAGCACAGAUCCGAAUCGUCGUAUGGUAUGGGAAUCCGCCGUGCGCACCUGCUUGAACGGGAGCAACUCAGAGAAGCAACAAGCUCCUGGAGAAGAUGAAUAUGUCCUGCUGAGAAGUGGUCAACUGGUCGGUGCAGCACUGCUGAUAUUUGUCAAAGCUCCAUUGCUGGCCCGGAUCAGCAACGUCGAAGGUGCGAUCAAGAAGACCGGCAUGUCCGGUAUCGCAGGCAACAAAGGCGCAGUCGCCAUCCGCAUGGAGAUUGACUCAACUUCCGUGUGCUUCGUCACCGCCCAUCUGGCUGCUGGCUUCGGCAAUUACGACGAGCGAAACCGUGAUUACCACACCAUCACCUCCGGUCUACACUUCCAGCGCGAUCGACGCAUCGAAGACCACGAGGUGAUAGUAUGGGCAGGCGACUUUAACUACCGCGUCGGCUUGUCCCAUGACUCUGCAAGCGGACUUGUGCAGCAGGCGAUGACGGGCAACACGAAGCACCGCGAAGAUGCGUUAGGACGUCUGUAUGAGAACGACCAGCUGAACAUCCAGAUGGUGGCGGGUAACUGCUUUGACUUUUACCGUGAAGGACGAAUCGCUUUUCUGCCAACGUACAAGUACGACAUUGGCAAGGAUGAGUAUGACAGCAGCGAGAAAGCCCGAAUACCGGCGUGGACGGACCGUGUCCUCUGGAAAGUCAAUCAUCAGCAUAGCAUGAGCGGCGGUGGAGGCGAGGAUCUCAGCACGCAGGUGAAGCAGCUGAAGUACGACUCCGUGCAGAGUAUUCGUGUUUCUGAUCAUCGGCCGGUGUAUGCGAUCUUCGAGAUGAGUGUGCGUGUCGUGGAUGAGGCAAAAAAAGAUGCCUUGACAAGGAAACUGUACCAGAAGCGGGCGAGAGAGGUCAAAACUGCCGCCAACAUGGCCACCGAGGGCGAGGACGACGACAGCGACGACCUGAGCUCCGAUAUCGAAGACACAGUCGGGUAUGAAGCGAUCGAAGCAGGUCUGCCUCCAGCGAGCUCAGACAAAAGGAAGUGGUGGCUGGACAAUAAUCGAACAGUGAGGGCUGACAUCAAGCCUCCUGCUAAGGACAGCAUGCUCAAUCCACAGCGAAAGAGUAAUCCAUGGUCAAGUGCGGCUACUGGAGCAGAAGACGACGACUGGAUUCAGGUCGAGAAGCCGAGCACGACAUCGAACGGGAAUGGCGCCGCCAAGGUCAAGCCCGAACCACCACCACCUCGGAACACAAGCAACGCUGCGCAGUUUCGCAGUGGAGAUGCACGCGUGGCCUCAAGCAGUCCGGCUUCCCAGCAGCAAGCGAAGCAGAGGAUGCUACCGCCAGCGUGGGAAGGUGAACGCUUCGUUUCGUCCUCUACCGCAACCGACGGGCCCGCACCAGCGCUGCCAGCUCGCGUCACCUCGAAUGGCACAGGCUUGCUUCGCUCGGCAUCAACAGCAACCAAGACACCACCUCCACAGCCACCUGUACCGCGUAAUAGCACACCAACGCCGUUCUCGCGACAAGACCGUACUGCUUCCAUUGCAUCUACGACGUCAUCUGCUUCCUACGCGACCCCGCCGUCCACUUCGGCUGGCCCAACGUCGAAUGCUUCGGGUGUGCUUAAGCGGCCGCCGCCCAAGCCGACCAAGCCAUCCGUGCUCGCUGCGACUUCGGCAGAAGGGUCCGCGUCUAACAGUAGAACUGUGUCCGCGUCGUCCACGGGUACGGUCUUGACGAAGCCUAUUCUGGGCGCAAAUGUGCCCUUAACAGAUAGCAGCAGGUCGAGCAGUGUCGCCAGCAACAGCAACGGCGCACUCAGAAAGCCUGUGCCUCCCUUGCCACCACAACCGUCCUCGAGCAGCUCAGCACAGCGUCAGCCUUCGACUCAGCUGCCGGCUGUGAGCGAGAACGAGGGCAACAGCGACAGGCCUCCUCCGCCUUUGCCCAGGCGGACUGGGACAGGGCCGUUGCCGACUCUUGAUACCGGCACGUCCAAUCGCCCGCAGAUCGGACUUGAUGGCACGCGGGAGACUACCAGCGGGCCUCCUGUGGCAAAGCCAUUGGUCAAGCAGCGUAAGGGCAGCUACAACAAUAACAACAACAUGUCGAGCCCGAUCUCUCCGAUUGGGUUUGCGUCGACGGGGGAGUACUUUGCGGCGCAGACCGGAUCUCGGUCUGGCUCGAAUGGCACCCCAUUCUCGCCGCCAGUCUUGCCGGCCAGAAGCAGCGCGGUUAAGCGUGGGGGUAAUGGUGUGGGUUUGAUGGAUCAGGACGAAAGUGAGGGGUUGAAGGAGUGGGAGGUUCUGACUCCACGAGCACACAAGUGA